UUGACUUGUCUUACAGCCAAUGUUCAGGGUAAACGGUGGCCAAAGUUUUAGGUAAACCACGCCCACCGGAUGUAGACGGAGUUUCCCCGGGAAAGGUCAGUUGUGUUGCAGACACAAAAGUUGCAGAGAGGAGUUGAUCAGCUAUGGAGAAUGUAACAGAGAAGCUUUUACUGGAGAAAGGUUCUCCAAAAACCAACAAACUGGAGCAAAUCAAAACUCUGAAUCUGUCUAAGAUGGCGCUGAAGCACGGGGAUCUUCCUGUGAAGCUGCUAUCCCGCCUGCAGUCCCUGGAGCGGUGGGAUCUAUCCGGGAACAGGCUGCAGGAGCUUCCAAAGAACCUGAAGCUACCUGCACUUCGGUACCUGGACCUCACCAACAACCAGAUGGAGGAUGUCACCACCUUAGAGUCUCUGAGCAGCUUGGAGGAACUAAAAAUGGAUGACAACUUUUACAUCACAAUAAGUGAUAGUUACAAGCUGAUGGUGUUGCUGCCCAAACUGAGGAUUUACAACAACAAAGAUGUCAGCACCACUGCCAGCCACUUACGAUACGUGUUCAGUGACAACCUGAGGACCAGGAUAGUCACAGUUUGGGAGCGGAGCUUCAGUCUCCCAGAUCCCAUCACGGCCGGCAAAAUGUCCGAUCUGGAGAAGAACUUUGUGAACGCUGCUCGUCAUCAAGUCAAAUUUGGUCCCAGUUCAGUCAGCGAUUUCACCAAAUGGAGGGUGGAGAUUCUUGCUAAAGAGCAUCUGCGCUCACUGACACAACCAAAAGAAGACUUCAUCCCCAAGGAGUCUGCUGAGGCCACAAAGAACUGUAUAAUUUCCUCGCCUUCCAAGAGGAAACGAACCAAACUGGUGACAGAUGAUAAAGUAAUUUUGACGCCUCACAAGAAGUUGAGAGUCAACGCUCUAGAAUCUUCAGCUGCUGAAGACAGCCCUCGCAAGUCCCGCAGGGUCUCUCUCCGGACAGACGGGGCUGUCUCCACUCCCACCAGAGGACAGGCGAGGACAGAGACGCCCAGGAAGAGGUCUAAAUCACAGCAACUCGAAGAGGAAGAAGUUCGGGUUGAACAGAAAAAAGAAGUCAGCAAAACCAAACAGCUGCACAGGAGUCAGUACACUCUGCCUAUAAUAAAGAUUUGUACUAAGAGUCAGCAGCCGGUGCAUCUGAAGCCUCUCCACGUGCUCCAGUGUCACAGUAAACAGGACAGCUCCGGGGACUUCUCCACGCAGCUGUGGGCCUGCGCUUUCCAGCCUCUGUCAGGCUCCUCUGGCUGUUGCAGUGAAAGCCGCCUGGUCGCUACAUGUGGAGGAGACUCUCUGUGUGUGAUCGACUGUGAAACGGGAAUGGUGAUGAAGAAGUACAAAGUUCCAGGAGAGGAGUUCUUUUCCUUGGCCUGGUCCAUUGUGUUGAUGUCCCGAGGAGGAAAGGCUCCAGUUCAGCCCUGCAGCAUCCUCGCUGCCGGUGGGAAGAGAGGACUCGUCAAACUGAUCCAUCCCAGGAACAACGUGGCCUACGGCGAGUUCAGAGCCAGCAGAAAGGCGCUCUCUGUCCUCUGCUUCAACCACAAUCAGGGAAACUUCUUCUUCACCGGAUCUUAUGACAACAAGAUAAUCAUGUGGGAUAUCGGAGGAGUGGACAACAGUUACAACUUCAAAGUUGUUCAGCUGCUGGUGUUGGAGGUCAGCGCCACUCCCCUGCACAUCUGCCUGCCCCCGACUUCCCCCGGCUCACACCUGCUGACCGCCUCAGACGACGGCCUGCACUGCUUCAACACACAACUGGGUACCAGCAGCUCCACAAAGAGCAGGUCAAAUGAAAUGGAGAUUACGUUUCCCAUUUACGAGGAGGAGGAUAAAGAACAUGACUACCACACUAUCGACGGCCUGAGCUUUCUUACUGAUGACAUAAUAGCCUCUAAGAGCCACAUGCACUGUUCCAUCUAUCUGUGGAGCUGGAGCAGGACCAGGUCUCAGCGGCCCAACAAGGAGAGCAGAUCGGUGUGUGCGGUGGUUCUGGCUGAGCUGCAGUGGGCCAGUACGAAUAUCCCCUACCUGGCUCUCAACACCUGCCCUGGGCGGGCCUACAUAGCAUGUGGCGAUGACAAAGGCCGAAUAUGGACAUAUCACGUCACCAGUCUCCCGAAAAACAGCUUUCAGAUUGGAAAACCCAUUCCUCCCACUCAGGUGUUGGAGUGGCCGUCCCCGACGAGGAAGGGCCUGGGCCUGACAGAGGGCCCCUCCAUCAACAGUGUAGCUAUGGACCCAGAGCUUCGCUACCUGGUGGCCCUCACUGAUAAAAAUAUGGUGAUCGUGUGGAGGAGAGAGGACGUGAACUCAGAACUGUAAUGUUUGUUCUGUCUGAAAUGAGCUGGAAGUACCACAUGUUGGUAUUUUCUACGGUAGUCAGAUUACUAGCUGAAAAUGUGAAUUUUUAUUUCACAUCAUGGACGACACACCCAACAUCUAAUAAUCCUCUGAAGGAGCAGACACAUUUUUAAAUAUAUUUUGAAGAAAUUUAUUUUCUCCACCAAACAGCUUCGUCGACUUAUUGAUGACAAUUUUUUUAAAUUCUAUUUUAUCUUUUUGUGGAAAUUUACUUGAAACUUAGAUUGACUUAUUUUAUUCUUUUUCUGUUUUAUAAUAUCUUUUUUUGUCUGUGGAAAUAAUAUUCGUUGUUUGAAAAUGAUUCAAAUUUAAAAGAAAGUUAUUACAACACUACACACACUUAAAAAAAAUUUCCAAAGAUGAGAAAAGUCAUUCAGCUGAUGCUGCUUUAACUGAUGUCCUCCAUGUCUGCAGGAUGCAUAACAGACAGCUAACACAUUAACCCCCAUGUAAUUCUGUUACUCCCACUGUCUGAAAGAUGGUUAAAGUUAAACAAAAUGAAAGUAAUGUGAAGUUUGUUACUGGUUAAUGGGUCUUUUAGAGUGCUGAAUGAGCUGAGUGUUAAGAUUUUACUUGUUUUUUUUUUUUAUUGUAACUGUAUUUUUUAGUCCAAAAUGUUGCUAAUUUUGUUCCAGGUUUUGUGAAUAAAGUAAGAUUAUCUGGGAGAGAAUACAGAAAAUAAAACAGUUCUUGUAAAAAAUUA